CUAAAUCAUCGGCCGCAGUCUUCGUUUUUCGUUUGCUGCUGCUGGCGACCAGGACCGCGGUCCUCCCUCCUCUUCUUCUCGAGCGGCGACCCGGCGAUCCUCCUCUCCUCUUCUCGACCGGCGACCAGGCCAGCUCCGCGCUGCUCUGCGGUUGCUCUGCUCCGCUCUGCUCCAGCGGCUGCUCCGCGUUGCUCCCCACCUCUUACUUGGACGCCGCGAGCGUUGGUUCCGCCAUUGAAUUCCGAUUCUUGGAUUUUUAACUGCUCUAUUGGUGGGGGCUUUGCUGUCGCUGUUGCUUUCUUACUGUGCAGACGACCGGUGAUCACGCCUCUGCUCACUACGUUUUCCGAGACCUAGAACAUCCAUGGGAAGCUUGAAUUCGAAAAAUGUAGACUACUGGUGUGUGGAGUAGUUACCAGUCUAAGGUUCUGAGCCAUUGCUGGUGCAGUUGCUUUUCUCGAGCAUGAUUUAAAAAUCAGGAUUCAGACAUUUACAAGAUAUUGCGAUGUAAACAAGUUAGCACAAGGUUUCUGCCAGAUGUUUUGCUCCUCGAACCUAGUGCCCAUGAAUUCUUGAGAUUGUUUAGAUAUUGAAUCGUAUUUUGGUUAUGCAUGAUUGUGAAGAAACAAUAUAUGGGAU